AAACUCUUGGUCUGAAAACUUGGUUACUAACAAUCAUGGAAUUUGUUCCUGCGCCUGCAGUCCAUCGUGUCCUCUGCGCUGAUUGUGGUACUCCGAUUGUACCCAACUCUGCCAAUUUAUGCGUCGCUUGCUUGCGAAAUACGGUCGACAUCACAGAGGGGAUCCCCAAGCAAGCUUCCGUCUCAUUCUGCAGGAACUGCGAACGAUUUCUUGCGCCUCCGCAAGCUUGGGUUCUCGCAAGACCUGAAUCAUCUGAGCUUCUUGCAUUGUGUCUGAAGAAGCUGAAAGGAUUACCCAAAGUACGGUUAACGGAGGCGCAUUUCAUAUGGACAGAGCCACAUUCGAAACGAUUGCGGGUAUCGCUGACGAUCCAGAAAGAGGUGCUUACCAACACAAUCCUAGAACAAACCUUUGAAAUAGAAUACUUGGUGCAACACGGCCAGUGCCCCGAUUGCGCAAAACUUGCAGCUAAAAAUACUUGGAAAGCGCUGGUUCAAGUUCGACAAAAGGUUCCACAUAAACGAACAUUUCUAUUCCUCGAACAGCUAAUUCUGAAGCACGGUGCACAAAAAGACACGAUCUCGGUGAAGGAAGUUAAGGAUGGGCUGGACUUCUUUUACAGUCAACGGAGUCAUGCGAUCAAAAUGGUAGAAUUCCUAACGGGUGUUGUCCCAGUCCGAUCCAAGGCCUCGGAGCAACUCCUUUCAUCGGAUACACACAGCAAUACCGCCAACUUCAAAUAUACCUAUUCUGUCGAGAUCAUGCCCAUAUGCAAAGAUGAUUUGGUCUGCAUACCUCCAAAACAAGCACGGCAGCUUGGAAAUAUCAGUCCCCUUACCGUCUGUACCCGAGUCGGCAGUUCUAUCCAACUACUCGAUCCUGCAACUCUACAGACAUGCGAAAUCACAUCUGCUAUCUAUUGGCGGAACGAAUUCAACUCGCUAGCCACCGUGACAGAUCUCGUCGAAUUCACUGUUCUCGAUGUCGAAGCGGAUGGUCGAUCGCGGGGUAAAUUCGUUUUGGCAGAUGCCCAAGUCGCUUUGGCAGGGGCUUUCCGAUCCGGUGCGGGCCAGGACGAAGACUCCAUGGACUACGAGAGCGCUGGUUAUACGAAUCAAAUAUAUCACACACGAACACAUCUCGGUGGAAUUCUUCAACCAGGGGACACUGCUCUAGGCUACUUCCUAACGAACUCCAACUACAAUUCGGACGAUUUUGCUUCGCUGCCUGCAGAGCGGAUACCUGACAUUAUGCUCGUUAAGAAAACAUAUCCGAACCGGCGGAAGAAGAACAAAUCAAGAGGCUGGAAGCUCAGGAGUAUCGGGAAAGAGGCUGGCGAAGAGGGUGAGACGGGCAGUGGCCGUGGUGUCGUCGGACGGCUAGGUGGUCGCGAUCAAAAGAAGGUUGAAGAGGACUACGAACAUUUCCUUCGUGAUCUUGAGGAAGAUCCAGAGAUGAGAAGUGCCGUUAAUCUCUACAAAUCGACAGAUGUGAACAUGAAAACGGAGACAAAGAGGGGACCUAAGAAACCCCAAUUUGCGAUGGAUGUCGAUGAAACUCCUCGACAGAUUGAAGAAGAGGAAGAGGAAGAGGCGGAUUUCCCUGAGAUACAGCUGGAUGAGUUGCUGGAGGGCUUCGAUGAGAUGACACUAGGGGAAGGGCGAGAGGAAGUAGUAGAGGCAACAUAGCCUGCUUGUUUGUCCGUAGAAUCUACCGUGAUAAUACUAUGAGUUAUUCUGCUCGUCGCUGACUGUUUUUAGGCAGCCAUUUUCAAUCGCAUGGUAACAAUAACAAAAAGUUCACAGUUUUUGAUCACCGAAGUGCCUUAGAAUGACUAUAAUCCAGUAAGUUCCUUCUUGGACACUUAUCACCCGCUGUUGGGCCGCUCUUUUAAUAUCCCCCUCUGUCAGACUAAGGUAUUCACCUCACACGACGGCCGGGCCGAGCCUAAGUUCGUGUAAUCAUAUUGCAACCUAAGUUGCAGCGGCAGUUCAGCUUUGUGAUCCUUAUGAACAGGAUCCCAACCCAUAUAGACAGAUCAAUGUACAUUUAUGGUAUGGGUAGGAUCCUGGAUCACUGAACUCUACAUCUGCUUUCGCAGCUGCCCGUCACCGCUUAUAACCUACAUAGUCCCUAUUUGGUACAGUAUAUCACGCUUUGACUUGUGAACAAUUAACGCG